UGGUUAGUUAAUAAACAAAAGGGACAAACAUUCCUAGACUUAUUAUGUCAAGGCUACAGUUAGAUAUGCAAAGGGCUAACAACACGUCUGCUUGCGCGUCAUGCAAGCACCAGAGGAAGAGGUGCACAGAGAAGUGCACGUUGGCGCCCUUCUUUCCCGUGGAGAGGACACGAGAGUUCCAGGCUGUGCACAAGGUGUUUGGUGUGAGCAACGUCACAAAGAUCAUCACGAGCCUUAGGGAGGAGGACCGGAAGGUAGCUGUGGACUCGCUCGUGUGGGAAGCCCUAGGGCGGCAGAAGGACCCGGUGCUGGGGCCGUUUGGAGACUACCGAAGGGUUUGUGAGGAGCUGAGGUUGUACAAGAGCCAAUAUCAACACUUUCAUCACCAAGUACCAAAUCAAGGAACCAUAGUUUACAAGGCUGCCACAGCACAAGCCCUAAUGGGAUGGAACAAUAGCAACAAAAUUGUGAAUACAAACACUAAUAACCCAAACAAUAAUUUUAUUGGUAAUGGCAAUUCUGUGGUGGAUUUUUGCACUUAUGGAUAUUCCCCAAAUCACCAUAUUCAUCAAGAUUCUGAAAAACAAAGGGCAGAAAGGGAAAAUGGCACAACUAUAUUCCUUCCUCAGCAGCAUUUGUCUAAUGCUUUCGGCCAACAAUGCAUUCUUGCAGGUCAAUACAAUCCUCUGGAUUCCAAGUCAAUGGAAAGCACCCUUUGGGAGGGCAGUUCGUAGAUACAAUGUUUUCAAAUGUCUACAAUUCAUAUGGUUUCUUGGAGAAAAUACUAAGUUUUCGUAUUAUACAUUGCGGAUUCAAUUUCUCAAUUCAUGUUUUUUAC